AUGUCUAGAACCAAUCUAGAACAUCAUAACACUUUAAAACUAAAGAAACCACGAGUCUCAAAAGUCAAUCCCCUAAAUCCUAGCACGAACUUAUCAGAAUGUUUCAAAAAAGUUUCGACAUCACUAUAUGUCUCACUAGCACCAAAAUUCAUAAAUGAUCCUAUAUCUGGGAUAAAACAGCAACAUCUAGAUCCACUCAUCAUGACAUACUAUCCAAAAGUAAAAGGAAUAAUAUUAUCAUACUCAAAUAUAAAACUUCUUACAAAAUCUCAGGGUCAAAAUCUAGCUAAAAUUGAAGGUGCAUCACCGUUCACUUUCAUUUGGGUAAAUGUUGAUUUUCUAAUAUGGAGUCCUUGUGUAGGUGACACCCUAGAAGGUGACAUUUAUAUGCAAACACCAUCUCAUAUAGGUUUAUUGAUUUGUGAUGUUUUCAACGCAUCGAUAAAGAAAUAUAACAUACCAAUGGAUUGGUCUUUCACACCUAGUCAAGAGGAUGAGGAGGAUAAUAAGAGGACAUUUGGAUAUUGGACUGAUGAUUUGGGGGAUAAGAUAGAUGGUAAAUUGAAAUUUACAGUAAAAGCUAUAUACACUACAGGAAGAGUAGUUAGUAUUGAAGGAACAUUAAUAAAACCAGGCGAAGAAAGAAAUUCUCAACCAGUGUACAAGGAGAAAAGUAGUCAAAAUAAAGUCGAUAAUACUACCGUUAAUACUCAUAAGAAAUUCGAUGAUGAUGAAGAAGAGGAGAAAGAUAAGAGCCAAGUUUUGCCUACCUAUGAAGAGAGUGGAAACGAUGAUGAAGAUUAUAAAAUAGUUAACAAUUCCGAUUCUGUUGAAGAUGAAGUUGAAUCGGAUUAA